AUGGGUCGCGUUUGUGCCGGUUGCGGGCGUGACCUUCUCCACGCGUCGUACACUUCCAACCAGUGGCACAAGGGUUCGGGGUUCUCGCGAUGUCCCAACUGCGUUCACGGCCAUUCCUCCGACACUCCUGCUACCCAACAACCCGACAGCGGCCGGUACAAUCACUCUAUUACUGCCUCGUUCGACAGCCAUGCGCUCGACAACCCUUUCGAAUCCGGUUCCUUUCGUUGGGUUGCCAGAGGGGUUUACACCGCCGGCCCGCGAUCUGGCCAGGCCUGCGUUGUGAAAUGGUUCAAGAAGGGCGCUGUCUUCGAAGCUGACUACUUUGCUCUAGACAUCAAGGCAGUCGGCAGAGCUCUGGAGAUUGUGAAUCGCUUCAACGGGCUGAACAUUAUCAACAAGACCGUCAAAUUCAACGUGCCCGCAGUGUGGGUGCUCGACAAGCCGGCUCCCCAGGCUGGCCAGAGAGCACUAGUUGAGCCUUUCAUUCAGAACUACACAAAGUUCAACAGCAACACCGGCUGGACGGACGAUUUGGGUCCGUGGCCGCAGGUCAUGCAGGCGCUGAGCCAUUUUAGCUACCACAUCUCGGGUGGAAACAACGUGCUCUGCGACCUGCAGGGUGGCAUCUACCGGCACGAGAUCGUCUUGUCCGACCCCGUCAUCCUGUCCCGGACCCGCGACUUCGGCGUCACCGACCUCGGCCCCGAAGGCAUUGCCUCCUUCUUCAGCUACCACGACUGCAACAAGUACUGCCGCCCCGACUGGUCGAAGCCCGCCAAUCCGCAACGGCACUUGAACCCGAUCCCAGGCACGACCAUGAUCCGCCGCACCGUGCCAACCGCCACGUCCCGGCCUAUGUAUACCCGUUACUAUGGGAACGGGUAAUGGCCGUUCACAAUCCCGAAAACGGGCACGGCGCCGGCCCCGGGGCAUUGCACGAAUUUGGUGCUGCCCUACUCCGCCGGCGGUGGUCGUCGUGGCGAUGGCCGGGAGACUUCGUCCCUACCACCUCCGAGUCCGUCAGCGCGCGCGAGAUCUCGAGCUGGUGCCGGCUGUUGGUGAUGGUGAUGACCGUCACCUUGCAGCUUCGUUCAUUCGCGAGAUAUCGGGCGGUCCCGCUGAUGCCACACCCGACGUCCAGCACCCUAC